AGAGUUGCCAGCAGAUCAGAGACAGUGCAUCAGACCGCGCCGCAAGGAGACAGACGGCAGCCGUCAGCACAGGCUAAAGGACAGUAGCGCUCACGCGGGGCGCCAAGCCAACCAAAGCGCAGCCGCUGUGCGCUGGGCGUCCCGGGGACCAUCGCACCUUGUCUUCAGCCAUGGGGUCCGCAUCGUUGGAAAUCCUGGGUCUAGUGCUGUGCCUGCUGGGCUGGUUGGGCCUGAUUCUGGCGUGCGGGCUGCCCAUGUGGCAAGUCACUGCCUUCUUGGACCACAACAUCGUGACGGCUCAGAUCACCUGGAAGGGGCUGUGGAUGACUUGCGUGGUGCAGAGCACCGGGCACAUGCAGUGCAAGGUGUAUGAGUCUGUGCUGGCGCUGAGCUCUGAGGUGCAGGCGGCCCGGGCGCUUACAGUGGGCGCCGCGCUGCUGGCGCUGAUUGCGCUCUUCGUGACCCUGGCUGGCGCGCAGUGCACCACCUGCGUGGCUGCGGGCCCGGCGAAGGCGCGCGUGGCCCUCACUGGCGGUGUGUUAUACGUGUUCUGUGGGUUGCUGGCACUCGUGCCAAUCUGCUGGUUCGCCAAUAUUGUUGUCCGUGAGUUCUACGACCCUUCGGUUCCCCUGUCGCAGAAAUACGAACUGGGCGCAGCGCUGUACAUCGGGUGGGUGGCUUCUGCGUUGCUCAUUUGUGGUGGCGGCCUCGUAUGCUGCGGAGCCUGGGGCUGUGCGGGUCGCCCGGAUUUCAGCUUUCCCGUCAAGUACUCAGCACCGCGGCGGCCCACGACCAGCGGCGACUACGACAAGAAGAACUAUGUCUGAUGGGGCGGGGUACGGCGGGGCCCCUCCCGGCAGCAAAGCCCGCGAAUUGAAGCCAGCGACGCAGGGAGCUGUGCGUGGAUGGCAGGGUUACAUCCCUGUACAAACUCCACGAAAUGUCAGGCUCAGCGUAUGGAUCCCACCGGCCCGCAGCUUCAGUCGACCUGAUUACCACCAUCCAGGCCCUGUCCCGCACCCUGCCCUCCACAAAUGACAAGCACUUGUGAGGACUUGGUUUCUUUUCUGGGUAGCACUGACCACGUGGAUGGACCUCUCAAAUUCCAUCCACUGAAAUGCCAAUUUUGUUCUUGACUCUGAGAGGUAGCAGUCUUGGACGCUGCCUUUUUAAAUCAGCCCUUCUACAGACUUGGGAGGGUAGAUGAAGACCCCAGGACCCCCAGGCUGGAAGGAUGUGUAUAAAGGGCCUUUUCUUUUUCAGCGGGGGCAUAAACCCAAGGCACCAAGUAACUUCACUUGGACCUAUGUCACCUCAGCAGCCCUCCAGGUGAGGCUUGUGGACACCAGAGCCUGAGUGGAGCUGAGCCACUGCCCUCCUCCAGGCUUGGGGAGGGGGUUGGGGAGGUUAAGAAUUUGUUUAGUAAAUAGCUUGAAUACUC